UUUUGUUUCCGGACAAUCGAAACGAUCGUAUCCACUUGGAACCAACACACACACACAAAGUAGGUCCCGUGAGUCCUUCCUUCGAACAACAAACAAACAAACAAACAGCUACGUGAACGCAACUUCUAGAGGCAAUCUUGUCUUCGAGAAGCAGAAUUUCUCCCGAGAACAAACCCGGCACUUUAUUCCAUCAUGUCGGGUGAAAGCUAUCCUUCGGAAUCUCCGGAAAUUCCGACAUCGCGUCCAGCAGAUUCCACCCACAAAGCGAGAAAAUCCGACGGCCGUAAGGCUGAUGCGGACCGGAAUCCUGUUCAUUCCAAGCAAAGCGAUCCCGCACCGCACGAAACGGACAUGCUCGCGGACCCCGCAACGACCCUCUCCCCCUUCCCCACGGAUCAAACCUCGUCUCCGGCUUGGCACUACCAGCAUCAUCCGCCACCACCACACGCCUACUACUAUCCGCCCUCGCCGUACGGCUACACCGGGGUACCGCCGUACCCGGGAGGACCUCCACCGCCCUACGGACCAUCCUAUCCACCCCCCUUCUUUCCAACCGCACCGGGAGCCUAUUACCCACCUCCCCCGGGAUACGCACCUCCCGGCUCCCCGUCACCGUCCCGCAGUGAUGGUCACAUGAACGAGCACGGGCAUGCGUCUUCGCCGGGACGCGGCGAAGCCGGAGGCUACGGGAUGCCCUACCCCCCACCGCCCUACGAUCCCUACCAACCUCCGCCCUACGGCUCGGCCUACCCGAUCGGGGCGCCGCCCCUUAGUCCACGCCAUCCCGUCUAUUCCAAUGGACUACCGCCACACAGUCCGGACGCCAACGGGGUUUCCUCGAAGCAUCCGCAUUCGUCGACGAAUCCCCCGCCCUUGGAAGACCUCGACACGGCCUCCGAUUCCGGCAAAACAUCGGCCGUCGAACCCGCGGUGUCAGCAAAUGAACUCCGGAAACUCAAGACCUACAUUCGGCCACCGGCACCGUCCAAUCCCGAAGUGGUCGCCCGUCGCCAACACAAGAACUCUCAGAGUCGUCGCCGCGCCGCUGUUCUGAGGGACCGGGUUGCCGCCGUCGCCGCCAUGGAUGCUACCAAACGUACCGAAGAAGAUCAACACAUGUUGCACCUACACGAGACGCGUCGGGAACGGAAAAAUAAUAGGUCACGAGAACGCGCUCUCGAACGCAAGGAAGAGAUGGAUCGUAUCCUUGGCAAGAAAAUACGACAACGUACACGACUCGAAGUGCAGUUUUUGAAUAACACAAUGUCCAAGAAGCAGCGAAAGAAUGAAGGCGAUCGUUUACGUCGGGCUCGACUCAAGGCGCUCGGAUUGGACGCACGUAACGGGGCCGCCAAAAAGCCCGGUGUUCCGGCGCGUGGACCACUCCCUCCGCAUCUCUUGGAUCCACAACGGCAGCAUUUACCCUUGGAUCCGCAACAACAGCAUCAUCAUCACAACCGACCGCCACCGUCGCCGCGUUUCAUGCCUCCCGCACUAGCGUAUCACCAACACGCUUCACCGCAGCCGCAACCGUACUACACACACCGGUUCACCAUUCCCGCACAGCACCCAAGUGUUGGAGCUCCCUGGCACCCGACCGCACCCACAACGUACGCGCACCAGGAAUUUGCCAAACACGCCGAAGGCAACAGCGUUGCCAAAUCCGAGGCGGUUGUGGACGCCAAUACCGUAACGCCAGCGUCGCCAAACGAAGUCGACGGUGUUUCCGUUUGAAUAGACGGUGAGAAGCCGACGACGAUCUGCAUAGUGAGGAAUGCAACUACGGCCGUAGGAAGGAAUCAGGAAUGGUAUAUUUCGUAGUUUUAUGUAAGAAAAAUGGCUCGCGGUGGAGCCUGGGCAAUUGCACAUGUGAAAGUCUAGUCAUGGACCUGUGGGAGAGCUGUGUUGAUGGGGUGGGAAAGGAGUCUCGGAAAGAGAAGAUGACCAAGGCU